AUGUAUACUGAGGACAAUAAAGACGUUAUACUAGUUUACGCUAAGAUAAAACAAUCCGGAGCUUUAACAAAUGUAAAAGGAAACAACAAUAGCGUAACAGAUGAACUCGAACUCACUGGUUCUCCAUUGAAACUUGAUCUAAGCCUUCACACGGCCUUAGAUGAAACCUUGCUUCCCGAUGAGCCGCAGCUUUGGAGAAAAGAAGAACUUGUUCAUGGUCCUAUAGACAUAGAAAAAGCAAGGGAAGUUGCAAAUCUUUACAAUAGUAGUUUAGCCCAGUUGAAGAAAGAAGAAGCAACACCUAUGUGGAUAUUAUGUAACCCGUCAUCUGAGAAUAAACCAUUAUUACUGACAGUGCAAUCUGAUGAAAAUCACUUUACCAGAGGAAUAGUCAAUUAUGAAGGCACUGUGACUUUAGAAGAAGUGGAUGUGGAUAGACUUAUUGAGAAUUUCGCAGAACAAGAGGGGUGGAAGGAGGAAAUGGUCUCUUACUCUGUUAAUUGCAAAUAUGUGCUGUCAGGUAUUGCAUAUGGGUCUUUGAAUACGGAUGAACUGUUGAAUGCAGCCCAUGGUGGAGUUACAGAGUUGUUAUGCUCUUGGUCAGUCAAGACACUACUAACACCAUACAUAAGCUGCAAAGUCAAUUAUUUCCAAGAAGUAAUAGUUGGACAUUUGGCCAGUCCUUGUAAAGCAAUAUGGAAAUCGGUUACUGCCUUGCACAAUAUUAAUCAAUUAUUAGUAGAAAUGACAGCAGCUGGUUUCAGUUCCAUCAACUUAGAAACAGCUACAAUAAGAAAUGCCGUUUUUGGUGUAAAAAAGCCAAAUGUAACCAAAAGGCUUAAUGAGUUACUAAAUGAAACAGAAAUGUACACCUAUACAGCCGAAUGUCCCGCAGGUGGUUGCAUAUGUAUAACAGAAGAUACCAGCAGUUUGAAGCAGUGUCUUUCAUCAAUGUGUGCAAACGGUUCCAGUAACGACUUCACAUAUAAACUGUGGGAUAUUCUGAGAGAUUGCGAUAAUGCGGAAGAGCUAAUCACAUUAUUAUUGCAAGCGUUGAAGUUUGUGUCCUCUGGAAAAAUAAGACCGUUUAUCGACGUCAACAACAAGAGCUACCUAUCGAAGCUGGUGCUGAAACUCUCCCGGGGCCAUUCGCAAACAUCGAAGGUGCUGAAGAAUCUCCGCUCCAGUCCGCCGCAAGCGAUAUCGCUCGUUGCCCAAGUUGGCGUCGAGAAGACCAUGUGGGAGUACACUAGGGUCAUGUCGCUCCUAGAACAUUCCUUCUACAUAGCUGGCAUAUGGAAUACGGACGCUAGGACGCACGAGUCCAUAGAGCAGAUCAACCAGACCAUCCAGGACAUGACCACCGGCGGGGACUUCACGCUGAACCCGUUCGAGAGCCUCACCACGGGCGAGCACUCGAUUCGUCUCGACGGGGACUCGUUCUUCGCGGAGGAGGCGAACGAGCUGACGGUGGACGACUUCGCCUCGCUGAAGAGGCACGGCCUGGCCGGCGAGAGGAGGGAGCCCAACGAGGUGCCCCUGAUCGCGGACGAAAUUGACAUCAGCCCUUGGAAGAAUCACCUCAUGAAGUUUGCUCAAGUGCACGUCUGUCUGGAGCAUCUGUAUCGCGCCGAAACCUGUCUGAGAGCGGACUUUGGUCAAAUGAAACCGCUGGCAUCAAAACUUCUGGAAAUAUACGUGUCGGAGAAAUCGCCCGUCCGGACUGUUGGCCAGCUCAUGAGCGACCCGGUCCAAAGCAUUCAAUUACCAAUCACCAACAACAUUGUACAAGAUCAUCUGAAGAAAUCUGCUUUCUGGUAUCGCAUGGAAUUGACACGGAAGGGUGAUUCGGAUGAUUAUUUGAGGGACGCGAAAUUAGUCUACCUGUACUCACAGACGCCAGUUAUGCCGCCGUCAGUUUGGCAACACUUGGAACCCUCCUCCGAAGAUGUCGCAGAAGUGACAACAAUGCCUGAAGAAUUGAAAUUCCACUGCACCAAGUACAUCAAUAUAAGCAAUAAGCUGGUUCGUAAUUUGAACAUU